AUGUCUAGCGGAGAUUCCAUUGAUUUAUCCGGUGACAAUGGUGUUGUCAAAAAAAUACUGGUACCCGCAAGAUCUGUUGAUAUGCCAAAUGAUGGACAACAGGUUUAUGUUCAUUACACGGGCAAAUUGGAUAAUGGCGUUGUGUUCGAUUCAUCUAUAACAAGGAAUACACCCUUCAAUUUUACAUUAGGGGAAGGGAAUGUGAUAAAAGGGUGGGACAUUUGUGUCAAGUCAAUGUCUGUCGGCGAAAAGUGUUUAGUGGUAAUACAACCUGAUUAUGGAUAUGGAGAUAAAGGGGCCGGAGCCUCAAUACCGCCUAAUUCCGUUCUUAAUUUUGAAAUAGAACUACUGAUGUACCGUGAUGUACCUAGCAAGAAGAAGUGGGAAAUGAGUGUUGAUGAAUGCAUCCAAAUUGCACAGGAUUCCAAAAUUAAGGGAAAUAAUUAUUUUCAGCAAAACAAUUUUCCCAUAGCAAUUACUUUCUAUCAAGAAGCAAUAGACUAUUUGUCUGGUCGCGACGACUGGGAUCCGGCACAACAAAGUGCUUCAGCUCCACUACUAUCAGCAUCUCAUCUCAAUUUAGCAAAUUGUUAUUUGAAAACUGGAGAGUAUUCGAAAGCUAUUGAAAGCUCUAAUAAUGCCUUGAAAUUAGACAAGAAUAAUGUUAAGGCAUAUUAUCGCCGUGGAAUUGCUAGGAUGAGUUUCGGGUUUUUACAGGAAGCUUGUGAUGAUUUCAAGAAAGUUAUAGCUCUGGAACCCGAUAAUGUUCAGGGGAAGAAUUCAUUGGCCCAAUGCAUGCACAAGUUGAAGAUUAGCACACAGAAGGAGAUAUCUGUGUUUAGCAAAAUGUUCCGUAACGACAUAUAUAUAGAAAAGAAACCAGCAAGAGAUAUGCAUGCUUUGCCACGUGUAUUUAUGGACAUUAGAGUGAAUGAAAAAACUUUCAAAACUGUAAUCGUACUGUUUGAGGAUACAGUACCUAUGGCUGUAAAGAAUUUUAUUGGCCUUUGCAAGGGUGAUAAUGAGAAUAAGAAGUUGAAAUACAAGGGCAAUAAAUUUCACAAAUUAGUCCCAGGAGUCUUAGUGCAGGGCGGCGAUGUAAUCAAUAACGACGGUACUGGCGGAAUGAGCAUUUAUGGAGAAGCAUUCAUUGAUGAAUCUUUUAAUGAUCAAUUUGCAACAAAAGGAAUUGUUGGCAUGGCAAAUACGGGGCCCAAUACCAAUUUAUCACAAUUUUUCAUAACUCUGUCUCCACAACCAAGUAUGAACGGCAAAAACGUUGUAAUUGGCAAAAUUGUUGAAGGAUUAGAGUUGCUUGACGAAAUAAAAACGGUUAAAAUUGAUGGAGAUAAACCAAAAUCCACAAUUGAGAUUGUGGAUUGUGGCACUGUCUAG